UCCAGUGUCGGUGUGGCUGAAGACUGCACUCACUCUGUGUGGAGAUCUGAGGGGGGGAAAAAGUGUAGUGAUUUGGGAAGGAACACUUCCGGUUACACACACACACACACACACACAGUGUGUGAGCGCCCGGCUCUCGCACUCCAGUGGAGCAGCGGCGGCGGGAGCGGCGGCAGCCAAGUAACGGGAGCCACUGCUGCACUCUAAUCUCGCCCCCCUUUCCCCUCCCCUCUCUCCUCCCCUCUAGGAAUUCAGCAUUAUUACAAUUUGUUGUCCUUUUAUUUUCGUCCAGUGUUCGGUCUGUUUCCUGAGAUUCUUUUAUUUUUAGAUGAAAGCAGAUCGUCAGUGAGUGGAAGUGUGUUUUUUUUGGGGGGGGGGGAACAAAACAAAAAGGAUUUCACUGGUCAAGUCGGCAAGUGCAAACUUGUGGCGAUGGCGGGAGUGAAGAAGAGCAGCUUGUUGGGCGGCGGGCUACUCCUGCUGGUAACCUUGGCCAACCUGCCGCACCUCAGCCGGGGCCAGGAGCGCCGAGCGGCGGACGCCGGAGCAUUCUAUGCACUUAGUCAGAGGUUAUCUUCAGAUAUCUUUGUAGAUGGCAAAACCUACAAUCACCGAUUGAAGCGACAGCAACCCAAAUCAGUGGAUACAAACAGAGCAAGCCUGGAGCAGGACUUUGCCGAUCCAACUAAAAUCUUUGAUAUUCAACCUGCUAUGGACAAUACCAAUGAUACAAAAAUUGAGGAAAAUACAGACCAUAAUUACUAUACAUCAAGAAUUUAUGGGCCAGGAGAUGCUGCAACUAAGGAACUAUGGGUAAACAUGGAGCAAAUGGAAAAAGACAAAGUGAAGAUUCAUGGGAUCCUAUCAAACACCCACCGACAAGCUGCAAGGGUAAAUUUGUCCUUCGAUUUCCCAUUUUAUGGCCAUUUUCUGAGAGAGAUUACGGUAGCCACUGGUGGUUUUAUCUACACAGGUGAAGUUGUACACCGCAUGUUAACAGCCACUCAGUAUAUUGCACCACUGAUGGCCAACUUUGACCCAAGUGUAUCCAGGAAUUCGACUGUAAGAUACUUUGACAAUGGUACUGCUCUGGUUGUGCAGUGGGACAAUGUUCAUCUACAGGAUAACUAUGAUUUAGGAAGCUUCACCUUCCAGGCCACCCUACACAACGAUGGACGGAUUGUCUUUGGUUACAAAGAGAUACCUGUCUCCGUGACGCAGAUAAACUCAGCAAAUCAUCCAGUCAAAGUUGGACUUUCAGAUGCAUUUGUGGUCGUCCACAAGAUCCAGCAGAUUCCCAAUGUUCGCAGAAGAACAAUUUACGAAUACCACCGAGUUGAACUUCAGAUGUCAAAGGUCACUAACAUGUCUGCAAUUGAAAUGAUUCCACUUGCCACUUGCCUCCAAUUGAGAAGCUGCUUUGCCUGUGUCAAUACACAGAUUGGGUUCAACUGCACCUGGUGUGACAAGUUGCAAAGGUGUUCCAAUGGAUUUGAUCGUCAUCGACAGGAUUGGGUGGAUAAUGGCUGUCCUGAUGAGUCCGAUGAUAAGACCUGUGACAUCUCGCCUGGGGAAAUGACUCGAGCUUCUUCAGCUACGACAACAAGCCUUGCAACGUCAACUUCAAAACCCAAAAUCCCAAGCACCACAUCCACAACUGCCAUCACAUCUGGCCUUCCUACUUCCAGCUUAACUACAGAAGAUGAUACAAAGAUUGCUCUGCAUCUGAGGGACAAUGGAGCUUCUACAGCAGACAGCACUGCAGAGAAGAAAGGAGACUCAGUCCACACUGGCCUAAUUGUGGGGAUCCUCCUGGUGAUCAUCUUUGCUAUAGCAGCUGUCCUGGUGACAUUUUACAUGUACCAUCAUCCAACAUCAGCAGCAAGUCUCUUCUUCAUUGAGCGUCGCCCCAGUAGAUGGCCUGCAAUGAAGUUCAGACGUGGCUCUGGUCAUCCCGCUUAUGCUGAAGUGGAGCCCACUGGGCAGGAAAAAGAAGGUUUUAUUGUGUCUGAACAGUGCUGAAACUGAGAAACAAACAGUGCACCAGUACUGGCCUACAGAUGUGGGGUUAAGCUUUGAAGUGGAUAAAGAAAAAAGCGAAGCCCACUAUCCACAAAAUAUCUACUUCUGGAUCAGUUCAAAGUAAGAAAGAUAAACAUUUUCAUCUACAAAAUCACCACUCCAUCGUCUUCCUUAGUAGCCCUGCAGACUUCACCAGAGUUUCAAAAAAAUGGCGUAGCAUUCCUAUUUGGCAAUUGUGGAAUUGGAUGAGCAUUAGUGACACACACAAACCGCAAGACUGAAGAACCAAAUUCACUCCAUCUUUACUUGUUCAAGUAAACCCCAACAAAUUACUUUCAUGGAAAAGGAAAACAAAUUCACUUAUCCAUGUUGCAAAAUUAGCUACAAGCAUGUGUUUAACCAAUCAUCAAUCAGAAAAAGUCAUGAAUAGAGUCACUCACUUCAGCAUUUAUUGUGAUUCAUAAAAUGUGUGUACAUUAAGAAUGCACUAACAUCAGUUGGUGGAAAUGUGGUUAUAGUGUACAUUUUCUUCAUGAUGUUUUCUAAUGGAUUAGUUGGUUUCAGUAUCUAUGAAUCACUAUUGUUCGAUUUCUUUCCUGUAGAUGAAAUAUAAUGUGUGGAAUUUCAUGUCCCAUUCAACAGAAUUCAGCUGGAAAAAGGUUGGGAGAUAAUUUAGACAGAAUGUUAUGUUUAAAAUUUUGCAAAAUGGAAAUCUAACAUUUUUUUCUUGAAUUGACUAUGUUUUCCUUAGUAACUUUAUACAUUCCUAAUGUACACUUAAGUUAUCGACAUUAUCAACAGUAUCUCCAAAGUAUUAUACGCAACAAGAUAACAUUGGUUUCAGAUUGCUGAGCGAUUUGUAAGAUUUGUGUUGCUUACUUUGCUCCAAAUGUGCAAUGUGUCAUCUUUUGGCUGAAAAGGUAGUGAAACCGAUAAAGUUUAAGCAGCCUACUGGAAACCAAAUUCUGGGAAAUUUUGCACAUCCUACUGGUUCUGUUGUGUAGUGGAUGCAUUAGUUAAAUAGAUGAAUAUAUUUUGUUUCUUGAUAGUUUACACAAGACAGGCUCUUGUGCUCCAGAUUGUGAAAAAAUAUUAUAGUGUAUUUUUUUCCAUCCAGAAGAAGAGUGUAACAUGAACUACCCUCUACUUAAAAUGGGGUUUAAAAUGGUAAUGAAGUCUAGAGUGCUGUUUGACAUUAGAAAACAUUUUUAUUGACAGCAAAGAACUGUCACUUUUAACUGGCUUUACUGAAAAGAACUGGUUGCUUAUCUUAUUUUUGGGUUUUUUUGUGCUGUAAGAGUAGACUGUCAUGAAGCAAUUCAGGUAAGUAUUCCUAACUAAAAUCUUUAUUAAUAAACUUUUUCAUUCUUCCAAGUAAAGGCACUUGCAAUUAUUAAUGUAUUGACCAUGGCAGAUUCAGAUCUAAUUACGGAUAACUGAUUUCUUUCUGCUUGCCAACACCCCAAUAAAUAAACAAUAAACAUUUCACUUCAAUUAAUAAGUGUCAUUAGUGCACCAAAAUGGAUUUAUUUUUCAGUAGGCAUUUUAUGUAAAGCAUUAAGUAGGGGUAACGGCUUGUUCAGUUCGAUUUGGUCUGAUACUAUUAUGAAAAACUAUUCCAAAAUAUGCUUCUAAGCAUUAUCACGUUGGUCAUCUUUACUCCAUUAAAGAUAGUGGUGGUUUAAUUUUAAACAUUCUCUAAUAGAAAGUAGCCCCUGGAAUGGAAAAUGUGUGUAGUCACAGAGUUAAUAGAUGAAACAGAUUAUCGUGAGCACCUAAUUUUGGUUCAACAUCCAAUGGUUGCAAAAUUCUGUUAUGGAGCAUCCUUUUUGAAUACAGCUAGUGCAGGUUAGUAUCUAAUAUGACAACAAAUACCAGAGUGAACAUUAUAAUGGGUUAUGCCCUUGCUACACAAGGAAAGGCAUUGGCUUUAACAUGCACACUAACUGGCAGAUUGGGACUUCAGUUCUUACACAAAGCUGACUGGCUGCCAUUGCUGCAAAAUUAGACAUCACAAUGCAGAAACCCUGAACAGCUAAAGAUAAACACAAUCAUGGGAAAAGUUCUACAACACCUAAACUUCUGACUUUUUUUUUGGGAAGAACCAAAACCCAUAAAGGCAGAUAUUUUUAUUGAGGCCAAAGAAUUACACCUAGCACAAAGGUCAUCUAUAUUAUUGUGUCACUAAGUAUAAGUUCAUUUGGAUAUUAAUCAUAAUAGGACCUGGAGCAUCAUUUGAUACAUUAUGAAGUCAUAACAUAAUACAAUCAGCACAGAAGAAUUUUAGUUUAUUAUAAUAUGCAAGUAUUAUGAACAAGAUUAAAGAAAUUAAAAUGAUGAAACAAUUAAAAAAAAGGUAAAAUUCCAGCAAAGAAACGAUUGCAUCUACCUAAAUUAGAUCUAAUCACAUUGUGCCUCUUUAUGCCAGUAUGUAAGGCAACUCCCUGAAAUAGGCAGCAGUGUUUCAUAUGCAAGACUGCACCAUCUGGAUUGUUUGUUCACAUUCUACUUACCCAAGGAAAGCAUAUAUAUCAAUUAGAUUUCAGGAAAAGAGCAUUAAAAAGAAAUCAAAAUGCACACACUACCGGUCAAAUUAAUUUGAAAUCUUGUCACCCUGAUAAUAAAUUAAGUCAACACCCUAACAUUUUAAAUUCAUCCAUUUACGGAAUUCUAAAUUCAUCCACCCAUCAUACUUGCUAGUUAUAUUUUUAUUCUCGGAAAUUCUUGAGUCAGUAUCUUGUAUUUUUUUCAUUUGUAUCAUUCUGAUCUUUCCCAGGUUCUUAUGAAUGUCGUCAUAGAACUCCUUUUUCUCUUUAAGGAUAUUUUAAUGAUAGAAUCUUGUCUAGGGUUGCAAGCUUUCUAUUAAAAGCCACUGGUAUCUGAAUUUCUAGCUUGGGGAUACAAAGUCCGCUAUCCCUAGCCCUCGAUCAUGAUAAUCCAUCAACAAUAUCAUCUGGUAAAUGUAAAAUCUUUGAUUCUCUUCUUGAUGAACCAAUAUAAAUUGAUUAAUAUAUGUAAUUCAAAGGCUCUGACUAAAAUUAAUUAUAAAUAAAAUCUUGAAAUCAUAAAGGCUUUAAUACUUUCCACCAACUCUCUUAAAUUGGAACACUAUUCCUCCUGCUUACUUGCCAAUAUAUCCACAUCAAAUGCAGGGACCUCCUUCAGCCUAAGAUAACUUUUGAAACUACCCAGGGAAAAAAAAAUCCAGUUCCUGCCUAUUGAUUCCUGCCUUGUUGCAAAUAUGUUUAUUGUGCACACAUGUAAAACUUGUUUGUUUUAACAUUGAUAUCAAAUACCAAAUUUCUUGCAAGAAUCAUCUAAAAUAUGGAGAUUAUCACUCACACCUACAUAAGGGUUGUUAAUAAUUGCAAUGUAUUCUGCAAACACACAUAUUUUACAGGUAUGCUGCAGCCAAAUUCUUUACAAUCCUUCUCAAGAGUGCAGAGCAAUGGAUUUAUUCCCACGUUAAAUACAAACAAUAUAGAAGAUCUUCCCUAUUCCCAAUUGAGCUUGUAUUUCCACUAGUUCCUUUUAUAUUCAUAUCCAUAUUUUCAAUGAGAUCUACAAAGUAUCCACCCUUUUUCUCAAAAGUCAUUUCAAAGACAACUGAAACAAAGGCCUUUGCCAAAUCAAAAAACACAAUGGCUAGGUUUUUAUGGUUUGUUUUACCUACUGCACACCCUACCCUGCCCAACCCCACCCAAUUUCAAGAUACUAUUUAAAUAAUAAUAUAAAACCCAUGCUUCUGACUAUAAAACUGUUUAACCUUGGGUUGUGUUGCAGCUGUAGGUAAACCUUUAACUAAAGCCUUGGGAAAAAUUCUCAAUAAGAUUGGGGAAAUGUUUAUAGGUGUGCAAUUAUCUACAUUUUAAAAAAAUCUUUACAUUUAGGGACAAGACUGUUCCACUUCAAUAAAUUGGAUAUAAUGUUAAUUUUUAGCCAUAGUGAAAGGAUUCUUGAUAUUAUAGGAUGGUUCAUACCAACCAGUUCCAACCGGUGUCUGCCAAAGCACCGCCUCAACCUGGUACAUUAUCCUUUUUUAUCUCUCCAAAGGUUAUUUUUUCUUCCAAUUGAUUAAUGUCCUUCAUAGAACCCUUGUUAUUGUUUUACUUCACACACAGAGCAAAUCUAUUAAUAUCUGCUUCAUUACCAGAAUUAUAGAGUUGUACAACAUGGAAACAGGCCCUUUUUGGCUCAACUCAUCCAUGCCAACAAAGGUUCCUUCCUCAUCGAGUUCCAUUUGCCUGCAUAUCGCCCAUAUCCCCCAAACUUUUCCUAUCCAUGAAUCUGUCCAAAUGUCUUUUAAAUGUUAUAAUUAUUCCCAUGUCUACCACUUUCUCUGUCAGCUUGUUCCAUAUAUACACCACCCUCUGUGUGAAAAACAUGCCCCUCAGAUCCCCUUUAAAUCUUUCCCCUAUCACUUUAAAUCUAUGCCCUCUACUUAUAGACUCCCCUGCCCUGGGAAAAAAGACUGUGACCAACCUUAUCUAUGCCCCUCAUGAUUUUAUAAACCUCUAUAAGGUCACCAUUCAGCCUCCUUCAUUCCAGGGAAAAUAGUCCCAGUCUAUCCAGUCUCUUCUUACAGGCUCAAGCCCUCCAGUCCCAGCAACAUACUUGUGAUUUUUUUUUUCUCUGUACCCUCUCUAAUCACAUCCUUCCUGUAGUAUGGCGACCAGAACUGCACACAAUAUUUCUGGUGCAGCCUCACCAACAUCUUACACAACUGUAACAUGGUGUCCCAGCUUUUGUACUCAGUGCCCUAUCUGAUGAAGGCAAGUAUGCUGUAUGCCUUCUUCUCCAGCUUAUCUACUUGUGUUGCCACUUUUGGGAGACUAUAUACUGUACUAGUCUCUCGCUGUUCUACAACACACCCAGGAUUCUAUCAUUCACUGUGUAACUCCUGCACUGGUUUAAAUUCCCAAAACACAUCACUUCCCAUUCCUUAUUUAACUCCAUCUGCCAUUAUUUUGCCCACUUUCCCAGUUGAUCUAGGUUCUGCUGUAACUUUAGUUAACCUUAGUUAACCUUCUUCACUGUCCACCAAUGUUGGUGUCAUCCACAAACUUAAAAACCAUGCCACCUACGUUCUCAUCCAAAUCAUUAAUACAGAUGACGAACAACAGGAACCCAGCACACCACUACUCACAGGCCUCCAAUCUGAAAAACAACCCUCCACCACCACCUUCAUUCAAAGACCCUUCAUUUUAACUGUGAAAGAGAGAAAACAAAUGAGUUAAACUUACAGAGCAGGUUGGGAGAGAAAAAGGAAUAUCUCUGAUAAAGCAGGGUCAGGGUUGCAGCUGUUAAUGAAAUAAUCAGGUUGAUGGUUUAUGAGAACAAACAGAGGAAUGUAAAAGCUGAGAAAUUCAGAGCUAUAGGAAAUGAUAAUUAGAUCAGCCCAUACUGGUGGAGAGGUUAAAAUUGAGCCAAUCUUACAGAUGGAUGAUUAGUUCUGACACAACAGAAAGACUGGGUUACCUAAAGCUGUUGAAUUCGGUACUGAUUCUUUCUUGUCAGAUUCUCUUUUGUUGGAAUUGGCUGUGCCUGGCAUGUUUGCGACACAAAUGUUAGCUGCCACUUAUCUGCCCAAUCCCAAGUGGAGCUUGGUCUUGCUGAAUGUAGGUAUGGGCUGCUUAACUUGCCGAGGAGCGAAUGGGACUGAGCAUUUCAUGUUCAUCAGCAGCCUUCCCUAUUUCUGAUCUUAUGAUAGAAGGAACAUCAUUGAUGGAGUGGCUGAAUAUCCACUUUGAUAGAAUAAACAGAAAUGCUGAAUAUUUUUUAAAAUGGUGAGAGACUGGGAAACAUUAGUGUUCAGAAGCAUCUGGGUGUCCUCGAAUACAAGUCAAUAAAACCUAACAUUCUGGUGCAGCAUCCAAUUAGGAAAGCAAAUAGUAAACUGGGCACAAGCCCAGAGGAUUUGCAUAGAAGAGUAAAGGUAUUUUAUUACAGUUAUGUAUUGUGUUGGUGACACCAUGUUUGGAGUACUGUAUACUACACAAUUUUAAUCUCCUUACCUGUGCUGUCAAUUCCUGAGCUAGUGGCUGGGUUGGUAAAUCUAGUGAAGGUGAGCCUCAGAUUUCACUCUCUUCAGGCCAGCUUGCAUCUCUUAGCUGCCUUAAAGGAGAUAAACGCAGGUUAAGGCUACAUGUGUCCCUCCUAUAUAUUGGGCUUCCCUUUUUCCUAUCUUCAGUCCUGAAGAAGGGUCCUGACCUGAAACGUUGACCACUUGCUUUUCUCCACGGAUGCUGCCUGGCCUGCUGAGUUCCUCCAGCAUCAUCGUGUUUUUCAUCUAGAUUCCAGCAUCUGCAGUCCUCUGUUUCUCUACAUGUGUAUAAUACUUAGAGUUUGUGAACCUGAAGAGAUUAUAGGACAAGGGGGAAGGAGGAUGUGAGAUGAAGGAUGAGAUAUGAAGAUGCCAGUAUCUUCAAUGGUUUCAGUCCCUUCCUGAACACCCUCCAUCACCUCCCUCCACCCCUACCAUAGCCUCAGUCGUGACUACUCAAGUUAUAAAACAGCACUGUGCACUACAUGGGAGUAUGGUGAAGCAGGUUUGUCUGCUCCCCCUAGUUCUCUGAUACUGCGGGAAGUCAUUGUCCUGUGAUGGAAGAAGUGUGACAAGGAAUGCCAUGCAAUGUGUUUCAAAUGAGUUACCUGUCAUGAUUGAGGGCAUGGCUGGCAAUGAAGUGUGAGAACAAGCAGGAGAAGUACAGAAAGGUGCAAAGUGAAACAUGGAUGUUAGCGACAUGAAACAUGUUUAUGGAGGUUGUUGGCCUUGGCCUCUCAUGUGAGAUUAUUGAACUAUGUGUGCCACUGCACCCAGGUCCUCAGUGCUUGGUUCCAGGAUUCAUCUUCUGAGUUCUCAACUCCUAAUCCCUUCACAGUGACUGCCUGAAGAACCUCCUGCCCUUGUGAAUCUUGUCACAAGAGUACAGCAUUGGAAGAAGAUAGAACCCUCCCUCUCUUAUGUUUUCUUUGGCCACUCGAACGAUCCCCUUUUGCCACUACAUUGUUCCUCUGUUCUGAUACCGUACGCAAUCUUUGCUAAUCUCUUUAAACUCUUGAACAGAAGUCUAUCAAAUGCUAUCCAGCAAUCGAUAUAGACAUCUAUUGACCUGCUUGUAUCCACUGUACUAAAAAAAAGCAGAUGUCACACAUAAUUACACUUCACAAAAUCCAUGCUGGCUUUUUCAAAUUAGCUCGUACUUAUUACUCUGUGUUAGAUAAUUGAUUCAGAAACUUCUGUCAAAUAAUGUUUAACUGGCAAUUAAUGACAUAGUUUCUCACUGCUCCUCCUUCUGUCUUUUUGAAAUAACCAAAAUCUAUAUUCAGCAUCAAUAACAAUUUGCAUUUACAAAGGACUUUCAACAUAGUAAAUCAGCCCUGAGUGUUUUGCAAGAGUGUUAUCAAGCAAACUGUGACACUAAGUCACAUGAGCUAUUAGAGCGAAUACUCUAAAGUUUGGUAAAAAAGGUAGCUUUUAGGGAACGUUUAACUUCUUCAAGCAGGGGAGCAAAAUAGCAACGUGAAAAAGCUUAGAGAAGACAUUCCAGUGCCUGGGGUCUAGACAGGUGAAGGCACAGACACCAGCGAUGGAGCAAUAAUUAAGGGAAAGUCUGGUCAUAGAGGACAUGAAAGCAAGGGAUGAGGACUUCAAAAUUAAAACAAUUAACCAGUAGCUAAAGAAGGUCAGUGAGCGUGGUGGAACAUUUCCCGAGUCUCAAUUCCACAGCAACGAGUCUCAAUUCCACAGCGGCACAGUAGCAUAGCGGUUAGCGCCACGCUAUUGCAGCGCCAGCGAUCGGGGUUUGAUUCCCGUCGCUGUCUGUAAGGAGUUUGUAUGUUCUCCCCGUGUCUGCGUGGGUUUCCUCCGGGUGCUCCGGUUUCCUCCCACAUUGCAAAGACGUACGGGUAGCUUUAUUUGGGUUUAAAAAUGGGCGGCGCGGACUCGUUGGGCCGGAACGGCCUGUUACCACGCUGUAAAUAAAAUUUAAUCUAAACAUUUAAAAAAACUUAAAUUUAAUUUAACAUACAGUAGAAUCAACAGUACAGCACAGGAACAGGCCCUUCAGCCCACAAUGUCUGUGCCGACCAUGAUGCCAAUUUAAACUAAACCUAUGUGACUGCACUAGAUCCAUAUCCCUUCGUUCCCUGCAGUGAACAAAAAACAGAAUGGUGGAAUGGGUCAAGCAACAUCUGUGGAGGCAAAAGGUGCAAGCCAAUAUUUCAGGUCGAGACCCUGCAUCAGGACUGAGAGGGAAGAGGAGAGAUUGCCAACUUAU